AUGAGGAAGUCGCUACCUGUUUACAGCGGAAGACACCUGAGAGACACUAGAGACUAGAGACGCGUCGAUUUUCUACUGCGACGGAAGCAGCUUUGUGUCGUGGAAUGGCUCGGUUAUUUCUCUUGGUUUCUGUCUGCCUUUGUAGCGCAGGAAUAGUUCUUGGGCAGGAGGGAUGUGUGUUUACUGAGCUGAACCAAGGUCUGAACCUUAAGUCAUUGGACGCGGGCGCGAACUAUUCUGAUCACCUGGUCGAUAUUUCCGACGAGCGUCAGUGCCAAAAUGUUUGCUGUACCAGAGAAGACUGCCACUUGGCCCUGAUUGUAACUCCAGCCGACGGCUCACAGCAGUGCUUCCUCGUGAACUGUAUGAAAGACGGCAAAAAUGUUUGUGAUUUGGAACCGAGUGAGCAAUCCAAAGCCUACAUCAAGUCUCAGGUCUCAGACCGCUCCAACAGCUCCACAGAUUACUGUCGUUUUGAAAAAGUGGUCGGUCACUGCCGGGCCUCCUUCCCUCGAUACUACUACGAUGUCACUGACCAAACCUGUAAAACAUUUGUGUAUGGGGGAUGUGGAGGAAACAACAACAACUUCAAAACAAAGGAAGAAUGUGAAAAUGCAUGUAGUGGCGUCACCGGUGAUGUCAUUACUGAUACCUCAGCAUCUUCAAAAUCCAGAAAGGCCUUGUCUCAGGACCUCACAGCUAAAUCUUCUGAAUCUUCCCUGCCUGAGAUGACAUCAGAAGAGUAUGCAGAGAAGUGCCAGGCUGAACCACAGGUAGGACUAUGCAGGGCCUCUAUUCCACGCUACUACUACACAAGUGGCACGUGUAAACGCUUCAGAUUUGGUGGAUGUGGUGGCAAUAGCAACAACUACAACACUGAGGAGGAGUGCAUGAAAACCUGCACAGUGAAAAUCGUGGAUUCGAAGAAAACACCUGAUUUUGACAAUGCAGAAUACAAAGCGGCCUGCGUUGUAUCAUCUGACCCUGGGCCAUGCCGAGCUGCUUUCUGGAUGUACUACUUUGAGCCAAAAACUCAGACCUGCCAGCAGUUCAUCUACGGAGGCUGCAAAGGCAACAAGAACCGUUAUAGCACCCUGGAGGAAUGCAUGUCCAAUUGUGCUGGGAAAGACGGGGGAUUUGAGGAGCAUGGACACCACAGAGCUCGCUGGACUCCAGCCUUUUUCUUAGUGGCUACUCUGGCCAUCAUGUCAGUCGUGCUGCUUGUCGGUUUGUUCCUGAUCUCAGUGCGCCGUGUGAAGCAUCAGCGCCUCCUCUUACUGGAUGACAAGCAAGAGCUAUUACCAGAGGAGCAACUUCCUGAGGAGGAGGAACGUAAAUCCUAAACCACUAAAAAUAAUCACUAAAUCCUUUUCUUUUUCUUCUUGCCCUGCCUGCUACUGAGCAUCACUAUAUAUCUACACUCCAAAGCUGUCACACAAUAUGUCUCACAUACCUUGGGUUUGGGAAAGCUUUGAGAAGCUAGGGCAUUAAUACAAUAGCAGAAUAUUGAACUCAGUGAUUAUUAUUAUGUGGUAAAAUUGUUCUGUAUAAGUUAAACCACACAAAACACUUUAACAGCUUUAAUAUGAUUCUUUAUGUAAUAUCUAAGUCAGAUGUAAUAUCUAAUUCUGAAGGUAGUUCGUUAAAACACUGAAUGUUUGUGUGGAACUUGCAGUGUUUUUAGCAAUGGGGAAAAUGUUUAACUUUCUUUUCUCUUUUGUGUUUUGUGCUGUGAAAUAAAGCUGUCAGCAAUAGAGCAAAUGAACCGAAUUUCAUUUGCUCAUUAAAAACAAUGUCUUAUCCACAGCAUACACUGGAAAAUGGGGAGAUUUUUAGAAGGCUAUUUAAUGCAUUCCUGAAACAUAAAGGGGUUUUCUGUUCUUUCAUUUCAUUCGACCUGUCAAUAUGGCAAUACCUUUUGGGUUUUGCAUAAUUUCACAUGUAACCAUGUCUUUCAAUCUAAUUUUUUUAAACUAAAUUACUUGCUUUUAAAAUUAAUAGUGAAACUCAAAUUUAAACAGACAUUAUAAGAUAAAUAAUAUUAGAAAGAUCAUUUGGACAUAGAAGCUUGAUUAUUAUAGGACCAGUCUUUUAGUUCAUGGUACACUCCAUUAUUUUGAAACUACGUUAAACAAAAGUCUUUAUGUCCAACAAUAUGGCCAUCUGUUGUUGGAGAACACCAUCAUGUAUCGCAAAGAUUUAAGGUUUAAAAUACAUUUACAAGGAACAUUUUUAAAUACGAUUACUGAUUAAUUACCUGACCAAUGUGAAACCAAAUUGUGAAUUCUUAGCACAUCUAUGUUUGUCACACAAAAUGAGAUGAAUAGGUACAAUAUUUGAACUACUUACAGAUUGUUUUUUUUUUUUUUUAAAUAUAUUUUUGGAUUUUUUAGCUGAAUAAAACACUACUGGUGAUGUAACAGGAUCCUUAGCUGUCAAGUAAUAUUUUAUCAUGUCUUUAACCUGAAAUCACUGUAAACUGAUCCAAUAAACAGGCUUAAACAGG